AUGACUGCGAUAGGACCGGUAGAUAGAAAAGCGGUCAUGAAGCUGCUAAUACCGGCGCUAAUCUGCAAUAUGUUGGCAUUUACAUCUAUUCUGCCUUUAUUCCCAACUAUUUUGAAUUAUUAUUCCAAAGAAGGUCAUAGGGAUUGGUUAUAUGAUAUCAGUGUGAAAGGGCUUCAAUCCUUCCAAGAAGCCAUCGGUGUGCCACAUAGCGAACGAUAUGAUAAGGUGUUCUUUGGAGGCUUCCUGGGAUCCCUAUUUAGUGCGCUGCAAUUCAUUUCCUCCCCGACACUUGGGUCAUUAUCCGACAUUUAUGGGCGGCGAGCAAUUAUCAGUUUGUGUUGUAUUGUGACAUUUAUUUCUUACGUUAACUGGCUCAAGGCAGAUACUUUUGCCUAUUUUGUACUUGCAAGGAUUUUGGGUGGUUUGAGCAAAGGAAAUAUCAAUGUGGCUACUGCAAUUGUGUCGGACGUGUAUACUCCAGAAGAUCAUCCAAAAGGAAUGGCACUCAUCGGAAUUUCCUAUUCCUUGGGUUUCCUGAUAGGUCCAAUGAUUGGGGCAUACUUUUCGACAAUUGCUUCAUCAACGGACUCCCCAUUUGCCGCGCCUGCAAUUUUCUCCAUUGUCCUCACCGUCAUCGAAUUUGCCUUCUUGUUCUUCCUCCCGGAAACUUUGGAUCUCAAAGAACAGAAAAGCCUAGAUGACAUCAAGAAGACACGAAAGGAGCUGAUCACUCCAAAGGAUUUGUUCCAGUUCACGGCGGUGAAUGCCCCUCAAGAUAAGAAGAAAGAAAUGCAGAAAAUCGGAUGGAUCUAUUUUCUCUUCUUGUUCUUGUAUUCAGGUCUUGAAUUCACUUUGCCCUUCCUGACACACUUAAGAUUUGACUUUGAUAAUAUGCAACAAGGGAAACUCUACCUAUUCACUGGCCUUUUGAUGCUUCCAAUUCAGGGAAAAUAUGUCAGGAAGACCCCUAUUGAGAAACAAAAGGCUGUCGCAGAAUUUGGAAUUGCUUGCAUCAUCCCGGCAUAUUUACUGGUGGCUGUUGCCCAAACUCCACUUGUGCUUUAUGCCGGACUCUUUUUCUAUGCGAUUGCAUCUGCCACCGUUGUUACCAGUCUGACUUCGUUAGUGCACGUCAUCUAUCCGCAGAAUGAGAAAGGUGUACUUGCUGGAAUAUUCCGAAGUCUGGGAUGUCUGGCAAGAGCACUCGGACCAGUUAUAUCGUCUACUUUCUUCUGGCUUCUUGGCGCCACUUCCUGCUACAUCAUGGGCGCCUUGCUCCUAAUCUUCCCUCUAAUUCUUCUCAAACGCCUGGAGAACCCAACCGCCAAGAAAACCGUAUAA